AUGCAGAAGAUUCUGUGCAAGAGUACCACUGUUUCAACACCUGUUCUCUCUGCUCCGGCCAACUCUAUCGCCGCCAGCUUCAUCUCCACACAACCCAUCGCCGUUCCUAGUCUUCUCUCUCUAGGGUUAAAGACCUCCUCCAAAAAUCCCACUCUCUGUUCCACUCCCAAACCUCUCUCCACCGCUUCCGCUAUGCCGCCGACGACGGCGAGCUCUAUCUCUUCAGGCGGCGGCGUUUUCUCUGCUUUUAUCCAGAGAAACCGCUCUCAUAGAGCCGCGACUGCGUCGGUCCGGUUCUCCACCGCUUGCCGGUGCUCAAUCCGGAGUACGAACCGGGCUUGGGUCGGUAAAAGCGGGUCUUGGCGUUCGCUGCUCUACACGGAAUCUAACGCCGGUUCGAGCUCGGUUAAUGCUGCUGGAGCAGUUAUUGAGAGUGUCGGAGGCUCUGACGGAGAAGAAGAAGACGAAGACUCUCCUACGGAUAAGGAUGAGAAACCGGUUAGGAUAAACCGGAGAAACCGGAGCAGCUCAAGCGGUGAAUUUUCCGGUAACCCAGAUUUGCUGAAAAUCCCUGGCGUUGGUCUGAGGAACCAGAGAAAGCUCGUCGACAACGGAAUCGGAGACGUCGCAGAGCUCAAAAAGCUCUACAAAGAUAAGUUUUGGAAAGCGAGUCAGAAGAUGGUUGAUUACCUCCGUAGCUCCGUUGGAAUCAUACACAGAAACCACGCGGAGAGCAUAACGACGUUCAUCAAAGAGAGUGUAGACGACGAGCUCAAGGACUCUAGCUCUGACCCUAACCUAAACACAAAGAAGCGUUUGACGUUCUGUGUUGAAGGCAACAUUAGUGUUGGCAAAUCGACGUUCCUCCAGAAGAUUGCGAGUGAGACUAUUGAGCUGCAAGACCUCGUUGAGAUUGUUCCUGAGCCGGUUGCCAAGUGGCAAGAUAUUGGGCCUGAGCACUUUAACAUACUAGACGCUUUCUACAACGAGCCGCAGAGGUAUGCUUACACGUUCCAGAACUAUGUGUUCGUCACUCGGCUCAUGCAGGAGAAAGAGUCUGCUGCUGGAGUUAAGCCACUUAGGUUGAUGGAAAGAAGCGUCUUCAGUGACAGAAUGGUGUUUGUGAGAGCGGUUCAUGAAGCGAAGUGGAUGAGUGAGAUGGAGAUAAGCAUCUACGACUCUUGGUUUGAUCCGGUUGUCUCUGCAUUGCCUGGACUUGUCCCUGACGGGUUUAUAUACUUGAGAGCGAGUCCUGACACUUGCCACAAGCGGAUGUUGACGAGGAAACGAGCGGAAGAAGAAGGACUCUCGUUGAAGUACCUCCAGGAUCUUCACGAGAAGCACGAGAGCUGGCUCCUCCCGAUGAAGAGCGGGAACCACGGCGUGUUGUCUGUUAGUAAACCGACUUUGCAGAUGGACAACUCUCUGCAUCCUGAUAUUAAAGAUCGAGUCGUUUACUUGGAAGGGAACCAUAUGCAUUCUAGUAUCCAGAAGGUCCCUGCUUUGGUUUUGGACUGUGAUCAAAAUAUUGACUUCAGUAGAGAUGUUGAUGUAAAGAGACAAUAUGCACGCCAGAUUGCUGAGUUCUUUGAGUUUGUGAAGAAGAAGCAAGAAGCGUCACCAGAGAAGAGCAAUGGUCAGUCUCAGCUGCUGAUGCCUCCUAACAAUGGAGGUCUGUGGAUGGGACCAGACGGCACGCAUGUCCCGGGGCUUGAACUUCCGUCUCUCGAUAUCAGAAAGGCCAUGUCGCUCAUGACCAGACCGUCCAUGUGA